UGAAGCUUUGGGCUGAAGAGAUGCGUCCGAACAGCCGGAAUUUUCGAUCAGCGGUGGUCCGUCGAAAACAGCACGCCAGUGAUACCCGUCCAUAUUGGAUUGCACAUUGAUCAGUAUUGGCUUGAAUUCCUUUUUGCUGCCUUUUUGCAUAGAGUGUUAUUGUUUUCUAGACACUCAAACAAGCUAAAAUUCUCGGCAUCGCAUCAUUCCUGUGCGAACUCCGUUUCGUCGUCGACAACCAUCGUCCCCCCGACGCAAUUGACGCUGGGUCCGCUUUAUUUUGAUUGUUUAUUGGGAUAUUUGUUUGGCUUCAGAUGCCCUACAUCAGAGACCACCGAGAUCGAGGCAUCUAGAACGACACCAGAAGCACCUGAGGCGUGUUGCUGAACCGGCCGUACUGCAACCGAUCACACGACAUCGCAUUGCGAUACGACGCAUUCCAGAUCCCCAACAAUGGAAUCGCUUCUAUCUCUCGCCUUUGACAAUCUCUCGUCAUUCGAGGCCCCCAGAAUCAAGAAAGGCCUCAAACAAGUAGAAGGCCUGCUCGCGCAAAUCUGCCUAUCCGGCCCCAGCAGCCCGAGGAAACAAAGCGCAGCCGAGGCCGCGAGGGACAAGGAACAACACAAGGGGCUGGCUGAUCUGGCGGGCGACCCAGCCUUCCGCGAGUUCUUCAAGCUGCAGGAGGGCUUCGAGUGGAACAUUGCGCAGCGCCUGCUGACGACGCUGGACUGGUUGCUGGCGCGCGGCGGCAACGGCGCCUACGACCUGCUCAUCGUCCACUGUCUCGACCUGAUCCAGGGCGUCCUGUUGCUGCAUCCGCCAAGCAAGGCGCUCUUCUCGCGGAGCGCAAACAUGAACCUCCUCCUCGACCUCCUCGAACCAUUGAACUGCCCCGCGAUCCAAUCAGCCUCGGUCAUCACGCUCGUCGUCGCCCUGCUCGACAUGCCCCAGAACAUGCGCGUCUUUGAGCAGCUCGACGGCCUGCUCACCGUCACCUCGGCCUUCAAGUCGCGCGAGACGGGCCGCGACGUCAAGUUCCGCAUCACCGAGUUCCUCUACUUCUACCUCACCCCCGAAACCCCCUCGAUCCCCCGCGCCGACGCCCACGUGAACGCCGCUGCCGGCCCGGGCUUGCUCCAGCGCAGCCCUAGUAAGCUGGCCAAAAUCUUUGGUGGUGGUGGGGCGGCCCCUAGUUCUCCCGGUAAAGGGCAAAGAGGGGAUGGGGAUGUGACGCGGUCGGUCGAGGCGAAGAAGGAGCUUCUGGAUCGGUACCUGCCCGGUGUGGUGGAUGAGUUGUUGAAGGAUUUGCAUACUUACAAGCCGUUUGGCGGGAUUCUGAGUUGAGCAUGCUGCUCUGCGAACGGUGGGAGGGUCGUUGACCUCCUCGGCUUUGACGAGUAUGCCAGGGGUUGUUUCUUCUGUUCUAAUAUUUUCCGCUCUGUCGGCAGCAUCUAGCUCUGGCGGGAGCUGUUUCUUUCGUUGCAUUCGGUAUUUCAAAACGGAGGGGGAGUAGAUGUCUGGUUUGCGCACCAUGUAUGACACGUCCGCAUUUGCUGGGUUGUUUGGCGCGGAAAGGGUUCGUUUAUGGUCGCUAUCCCACUCUGGGUUGGGUCUUCUUUUUUGUCUUUCUGCGCAUAGAACGCAUGGCGUUCCAAGCAUGGUGCUUUGUCUGUACAAUUACCUAGAUAUCAUCCUUCUAUCCCUGGGCAGCCAGGGGCACUUCAUAGCAUGUCAAUCAUCAAAGCUACGAUAGUAACUG